UUGGGACCACACCUGGUUGGAGAAUCCAUCACCAUGGCACGCAGCAGGAGUCCAGUCCGCCAUCGAUCGAGAAGUCCUGCGCCACGGCAUCGUUCUAGAAGUCCCGGACGCAAUCGGUCUCGCAGUCGAGGCCGAUAUGACAGCGGCAGGAAGCGUGAUCGCGGACGGGAACCUGAAAAGGAACUUCGCGACGUCCAUCGUCCCAAACGGGUUCGCAAGAACACCGACGACAACGACGACCUCACGUCCAAGGGUAAGCCAUCAUCCGCCUCGUCGUCGUCCACGGUGGACGCAAAGAGUUCGUCUUCGGCCCCCGCCGUCAUCUCGUCGUCCGACAAGAACGGCGAAAUCAGCAUGACCAUCGACGAAACCAACAAACUCCGCAUCUCGAUGGGUCUCAAGCCCCUGCGACUGACAAACGCAUCCAAGGAAAAGGAAGUCAAUUUGUCCAAAUCGCGCGAAGACGUGGCGGAAGAAGCGCGGCAGAAGGCGCUCACGGACGCAUUGGCCAAGUCCAAGCAGAAGCGGCAAUUCACGGAGAAACUCAAGGGACAGUCCCUCGGCGAAACGUUAAAGCAGGCGGACGGCGGGCGUGCGUCCGCGUUGGAUUGGGUGCGCCAGAGUCGGACCAAGAAGGCGGCUGCUCCCGCGUCGUCAGCUCCGUCCGCCUCAACGUACGGCGCCGCGGACCUGAAGGGUCUCACAGUUGCCCACGACGCCCGCGCGUUUGAAGAAGGGGACGAGGUCAUCUUGACAUUAAAAGACCAGCGAGUGCUCACAGACGACCGCAACGACGUGAACGACGGUGGCGACGAGCUGGAGAACGUCGACAUGCGCGACGAGGACCGGCGGUUGGAGCGGGAGGCGCGGCUCAAGCGCGCGAGCGGACCCGUCUACAGCGGCUUUGACGACGACGAGUUCACGACGAUCCUCGGGCCAAAGAAAGCCACGAAGAAAACGGUGCGGCUGCUGGCGCAGUACGACGAAGAUGAGGACAUGGCGGCGCUGCGCGAGGCCAACAAGUUUGCAUUGAGCGACACUGGCUCGCAUCUCGUCGAGGCCAUCCCUCAAAGAGACGUUGAUGGUGACAAAGGGUCGGUGUCGCUAGCGUCGCACAAGAAGCAGUACAUGGAAGAGUACUUUACGACGGCGGAACUGGCCGUGUUUUCGAAAAAACAGUCGAAAAAAUUGCGCAAAAAAAAGAAAAACAUGCGACAACGUGACGACGACGAUUUCGUGCAGCAAUUGGAAGCCGACGCCGUGUCGCAGACGACGACGGACCACGGCAAGCGGCGUCUUACGACAAAAGAGGGUGAUGGCGGCGGCGAUGACGUGGCAGCCCGCGAUCGCUUUGAACGUGCGCGGCACAAGGCCAACGUCAAGGCACAGGUGAUGGUGGAGCGCAUGAAGCAGCAACAUGCAGAGGAAGACGACGACGAGUUGGGCGCGUCGUUGGCGCGGUCGCGGCGGCUCGCGCUCGUAGUGGCCGCCACCGCCGCCGCGAAAGAAGACAAUGACCGCCGUGUGCUGCUGCAGGUGUCGGGGAUGUCGCAAGGAAGCCACGGCGGCGGCGACGCUGCGGCGACUAGUGGGCAUCAAUAUGGCCACAUUCACAAGGAUGAUCCUUCGAGUGGCGGCGAGAACACGACGAUGGUGUUUGGCGAGUCGACAGACUUUGACGUUCGUGUGAAGAAUGCCAUGGAUGAACGGGAUGCGGCGCGGGCGGCGGCGACGGCGACGGCGGCCGUCGGUGGUGGUGCAGGAAAGCAUCGAGGGGGGGUUGUGACUACUGUAGAGGAAGACGUGGAUGAUGACCAAGAAGGGAAGAAACCAAUGGUGUCAACAGUCGAAGACGAGGUAGAAGAAGAAGAAGAAGAGGAGAGUUCGUGGGGGGUGGAUGAGCCGCUGGUGCAGACGGGCAUGGCGGCGACGCUGGCCCUGCUUCGCAACCGCGGCGACCUCCGCGACGCGAUUCAGAUCCGACAAGCUGGCCGCGCCAACGACCACCGCGAACGAAAUGUUGAAGAGGAGCUGCAGAUCAAGGACGGUGUCAAGCUGGACUACCGCGACGAGUUUGGGCGGUUGUUGACCAAGAAGGAAGCGUUCCGCCGCAUCUCGUACCGGUUCCACGGACACACCCCUGGCAAGAAGAAACAGGAGAAGCGCCUCAAGCAGAUCAAGGAAGAACUGGCGCAGCAGAAGAACUUGGGGAAUGUCGUCGGACGCAUGGAGACGCUGGACAAGCGGCAAAAGGUCGCCAAGCAAGCGCAUGUCGUGUUGUCUGGCAAGUAGACGAGUAGGUGGAAGGGAUAAGGAGAAUAUGAUAUAUGCAACAUGA